CUCUUUCCUUCCUCCUCUUGCUCCUCCUCCUGCCUCUCUUCGCUCCGCCUGCAAACGCGGUGGGGGCUGCUCGGCCGCCAAGAGCAGGUUACCCUCCAUCUACAUGCCUGCCAUCAAGUUAUGAGGAUGGUAGAAGCGCUCGUCGAACCAGUUGGAUGAAGACCACUAACGGCUUUUGUUUCCUCUGGUAACAGCAAGAGACAGGAUGACAUGAGAGAUUGGACCGUGGGCUGCACUGGAGAAUUUACCGGUAGGAGAAUUCAUCCCCAAAGAGAUUGAAGUGAGCUUCAGAAUGGCCAAAGAGGAGCUCCGGAGUAUCUCAAGGAACUUGCAAGAACUGCAGAAGAAGCUGUCUCUGCUGAUGGACUCCUUCCAGAAUAAUUCAAAGGUGGUGGCCUUUAUGAAGUCUCCAGUGGGUCAGUACUUGGACAGGCAUCCAUUUCUCGCCUUCACCUUGCUCGUGUUCAUUGUCAUGUCAGCUGUUCCUGUUGGAUUCUUCCUGCUCAUCGUGAUGCUUACGUCCCUGGCUGCUCUGCUGGGGGUCAUCAUACUGGAAGGAUUGGUCAUCGCUGUGGGUGGCCUCUCACUGCUCUGCAUCCUCUGUGGUUUGGGCUUCGUGUCACUCAUCAUGUCAGGGAUGAUGAUAGCAUCCUAUGUAGUGGUCUCCAGCCUCAUCAACUACUGGUUUUCUCCCAGACCACUGACACAGCAAAACACCAAUGGUGACUUUCUGCCAGCCAUGAAGUCUGCAGACUUCGAGGGGCUUUACCAGGAAUGAGUGGCUGCUCAGAGGCUGGGCUUCUUUUCAAGUACUGCUGGAUCAUACUCACCCCUUGGGAUUAUGGCUCAGAAGAAGGGGGCUGGGUAGCAAGCACUCCUUGGCUGUGUCCUCUCGCUUUUUCACUUAUUUGUAGGAUCCUGCAGCAGCCAAUUUAGGGAUUGUGUUAUUCUUGUGUUGGUUCCCAUGUAAAGAAGCAGCAGAGAAAUGCGAUGGUUCAACAGCUCACCCUGCCCCAAAUAUGCAGACUUGACCUUGGCAGGGUCCUGGGCUUCUAGACUCUAGCCCAUUGACCCCAAAGCCUCAGGGCUUAUGUCGAACGGUCCCAUUGGGAGCAACAGUGGUUGUUUAUAGUUUUUUGUUUUCAGAAAUGAGGGCAGCUGUUAAUUUUUUCACUCACGUGAAACAACAUGAAAAAAAAAAAAAUCCAAAACAGAGCAAGCCCUUCUGUGGUAUUUGCUUUUUAUCAGAAAGAACAGCAACAUUUGGCCUCUACAAAUUGGAAAAUAGAGUCCAAAUGUAACUUUGUGGCCAAGAGUAUUUUCAAAAAAGUCUAAAGGUGUAGUUUCCACUGUUACUGUUGAGUACUGUUAAGUGCUGUUAAUCUUUUACAUAUUUGCACUUGGUACUUUUGUAUUGUUUUAAAGAGCUUGUCCUGUUAAGUCAUUUCUUUCUUUUUUUGUUUUUGUUUUUUUUUUUGAGACGGAGUUUCCCUCUUGUUGCCCAGGGUGCAGUGCAAUGGUGUAGUCUCGGCUCACUGCAACCUCCGACUCCCAGGUUCAAGCAAGUCUCCUGCCUCAGCCUCCCAAGUGGCACCAGCCACUGUGCCCGGCUAGUUUUUUGUGUGUGUGGUUUUUUUUUUUUAGUACAGAUGGGGUUUCACCAUGUUGGUCAGGCUGGUCUCGAACUCCUGACUUCAGGUGAUCCACCCACCUUGGCCUCCCAAAGUGCUGGGAUUACAGGCGUGAGCCACCAUGCCCAAUCUAAGCCAAUGCUAAAGGACUAGAAAGUAAAAAUAAAAUUUCCUAUUGGAUUUCCUAGUGGAA